AACAAUAUAUAAACUUUCCUAAUGGAGGUAGGUCCUAUGUAAACUGGGUAAGAGAUAUAGCUACUCUACAAACUACUCCCUGGCUGAUUUGGAUCCCACAACAUCUGGACUAAGAAGCCCUCUUGUCAUACAGAAUAGCUUGGGGUGCUCUGAUCAACACAGGGAAGGCUAUGAAGAUCUGACUUUUUCAAACGCCUUUUGAAGUCUUCUUAAAAUGAAGCAUCAUAAAGGAGACUGGGAACUGUGGACCCCAUCGUCAGAAUCCUAGCUGAGAAACAACUUGUAAUGGAGCCUUCAUCUCUUGAGUUACCAGCUGACACAGUGCAACGCAUUGCAUCUGAACUUGGAUGUCACCCGACAGAUGAGAGAGUUGCCCUCCACCUUGAUGAGGAAGAUAAGCUGAGGCACUUCAAGGAGCAUUUUCAUAUCCCCAAAAUGCAGGAUCUACCUGCAGUUGAUUUAUCUUUAGUGAAUAAAGAUGAAAACGCCAUCUAUUUCUUGGGAAAUUCUCUUGGCCUUCAGCCAAAAAUGGUUAAAACAUAUCUGGAAGAAGAACUAGAUAAGUGGGCCAAAAUGGGAGCUUAUGGUCAUGACCUAGGAAAACGUCCUUGGAUUACAGGAGAUGAGACUAUUGUAGGCCUUAUGAAUGACAUUGUAGGAGCCAAUGAGAAAGAAAUUGCCCUAAUGAAUGGUUUGACUGUUAAUUUACAUCUUCUACUGUUAUCCUUUUUUAAGCCUACACCAAAACGCUAUAAAAUUCUUCUGGAAGCCAAAGCCUUCCCUUCAGAUCAUUACGCUAUUGAGUCACAGCUUCAAUUUCAUGGACUUAACAUUGAGAAAAGUAUGAGGAUUAUAAAGCCAAGAGAGGGUGAAGAAACACUGAGAACAGAGGAUAUUCUUGAAGUAAUUGAGAAGGAAGGAGACUCGAUUGCAGUGAUCCUGUUCAGUGGGCUGCAUUUUUACACUGGACAGCUCUUUAAUAUACCUGCCAUCACAAAAGCUGGACAAGCAAAGGGGUGUUUCGUUGGCUUUGAUCUAGCACAUGCAGUUGGAAAUGUUGAACUCCACUUACAUGACUGGGGAGUUGAUUUUGCCUGCUGGUGCUCCUACAAGUAUUUAAACUCAGGAGCAGGAGGUCUUGCUGGUGCCUUUGUCCAUGAAAAGCAUGCCCAUACAAUUAAACCUGCGUUAGUGGGAUGGUUUGGCCAUGAACUCAGCACCCGAUUUAAGAUGGAUAACAAACUACAGUUAAUCCCUGGGGUCAGUGGAUUUCGAAUUUCAAACCCUCCCAUUUUGUUGGUCUGCUCCUUACAUGCUAGUUUAGAGAUCUUUAAGCAAGCAACUAUGAAAGCAUUGAGGAGAAAAUCUAUUUUGCUCACUGGUUAUCUGGAAUACUUGAUCAAGCAUUAUUACAACAAAGAUAAAGCAGACACCAAGAAACCAUUUGUGAACAUAAUUACUCCAGCCGGCAUAGAGGACCGCGGAUGCCAGCUUACACUAACGUUUUCUGUUCCAAUAAAAUGUGUUUUCCAAGAACUAGAAAAACGAGGAGUGGUUUGUGACAAGCGAGAACCAAAUGGCAUCCGAGUGGCUCCAGUUCCUCUCUACAACUCUUUUCAUGAUGUUCAUAAGUUUAUCAGUCUACUCGCUUCUGCACUUGACUCUGCAGGGAUCAAAAAUAACAGCGUUUUCUAGAACAACUUCAGCAAGUGUUAUUGAGAGUUUCUAUGGUUAUUGUAUUAUUAUUUUCAAAUUUUAAUGAUUAGAAGUUUUCCAAAACUGAUUACACAUACUGGGCAAUGAAUUAUAUACUUUACAGAAAAAUCUGAUAUAUUUUUUCCAAGAGUCUGUGAUUCUGAGGAAUCCACGUGUCUUCAAUUUCUUCAUGCUUGGUGGAUCAAAGUUUUACUGGUCUAAGUAUUAUGUACACAAUCUUAGCUGUCACAUUUCAUGGUCAGUGAAUGUUUUAUGUUGACUUAAUUUAUAAUUUGACAACUUCAUAAUGUAUGUGCAGUCUUUUGUGUCAAUUUUAGAAAUGUUACUUUAGUUUUAAUUUACCAAAGAGUUUCUUAUAGUCACUAUAAUUUCACAGUCUGAUAUAUGCAUGAUUUUGCAAUAUUCCAUCCAACUCUAAGGAAGAAAAACUAUAUUUUCUAGGACAGUAGUUUUCAAAUAUCUUGGCCAUGGCCCACACUAAGAAAUAUAUUUAAUCUCAGAGACUAAUAUUUAUAUGUGUUUAUACCUUAUUUAUUGAUUCUAAUAUACAAAUUGUAUCAUAUUUUAACAUCUGUGAAAGAAUUUAUUUUUCAGUUUUUAGUCAACAAUUCUUAUAGUUGCCACUGACCAUUCUGUCAUGUUACCAUCCCUGGCAUUAACAUGCUUCUCACAGUGAACAGAUGAUUUUUAAAAAGAGGCAUCUAUAGAAAAAGCAGAAGUGUCAUACAUUAUUGGUCUAUGCUCUACUAUUUAUUAUUCAUUUUAUCUUAUUACAGCAAGUGUUGGUUGAGACUUAUUACAUUUAUUUCCCAACUAACUCUUGGGUCCUAAUCCAUUUUACAAAGUUGUCCCUUUAUUUGAAAGUACCGUAAUUCCUUAUUUUUUUAAUGGGGACGUGUGCUGAUAGAAGUCUGUCCAUGGUACCUGUCUCUGCAGUGGUGAAAAAAGUCAUCCCGAGACACUUGCGACUAAGAAUUAGAAUUAGCAAAUGAGUGCUUCAUCUCUCCCCUUCUGACCCAAAUCUAUGGGCCAUUCUUUCCACUAGUAAACUACAGUCACACUCAACCCUUAGGACUUUCCUGGCUUUCCGCUGUUGUUGCUAUAACUACUAUUCAUGAAUUGGCAAAAUAGUCUACAUUCAAUGUAUACCUGGGCAGGAAGAAGGAAUGACUACAGCAUAAUUAGUACCCCUGAUGAACAAAUUUGAAUGAAAUUAACUUAGACAACCAUUAGAGUUAAAUAAAAAGAUGCAGAACUGACAGCAGUAUCAGCACCUACGGUGAUAAAUGUAUGGAGUACUCGCCAUGUACCAUGCGUGGUGCUGAUCUAUUCAUACGUUAUCUUAUUUGACCCUGUACAACUUCACAGAGAAGAAAUCGUUUUGAAUCUCACAGGAGUAAGCAAAACAGACAUGGUUUCAGUUCUCAGGAAACAUGCAGCUUAGUGGGAGAAAGAGGUAAUAAAACAUACAAACACCCAAGUAAAUAAAUAUAUGAUUACAAACUAUAGGUUUUAUGAAAGAAAAACAGAUGAUACUAUAAGAGAAAAAUCUCAAGGGUAUUAAUUAGAUGGCCAAGUAAGGGUGUAUGAAGGUGAUUAUAAGGUUCAAGUUCUUAAAUACUGUGCAAAAAAUUAAAAAAAAAAUUCUUGCUAAUCACAUUAAAAUCACAUCAAAUUAUGUAUACAAGUUACUCAAAGAAUAAUCAGUACUAUGUCCUCAUCACACAGGCUAGGAAGCAGAGUAUUAGAAAUGCCCUUUUUCCCUGUUUGUAUUCUCCUUCCUCCCCAAAUCCAGAGAUAACCAUCAAAUAAUAUUUUGUGUUAAUCAUUCCCUUACUUUCAUUGAAGGUUUAUAUCUAUGUAUGUACACAUAAAAAUACAUUAGCCAAUACUGUCUGUGUGUGAACUUUGUGUAAAUAUAAUUGUAUAUAUUCUGCUUCUUUUACUCAAAAACCUAGUUUUUGAGAUUUACCAAUUUGUUACAUACAGCUUUGUACCCAUUUUCAUUGCUGCUCAGUGUUCUGGUAUAUAAUUGGAAUUACUAAUUUAGUAUUUAUUUUUGGAGUUACUCAUUUUUCCAUGACUAAUGAACAUUGAGUUUUUCCAAAUAUCUUUAACAUUGCAACAGUGCUGCUAUUAACAUUCUUGGUACACAGGUUCAAAUGUUUGCCUAGGACAUAUAACUCUGAAAAUGUUGGGUCAUAGGACACACACAUGUUCAACUUCACAGUGCAACAUUAAACUCUUCUCCCAAGAUGUUGGACCAGUUUCCAUUCUAACCAGUAGGAAAUGAGAGUUUGCCAAUAGUAGCUGCUGAUUGCUUUUGUCAUGUAUGCUGGCUAAAAUAGGGUGAUUACUGAAAUAACAGAAUGAGUGUAUAACUUCCACAGAAGUAGGAGGAACAUAGUGAAGACAUAUACAUACACUGUUGUUUAUGCUUCAGAAACUGUCCUUAAUCUGUGGAUUGAGCCAACACUAGAAUUUUACCUGAGUUUUACCCUUGCUCAGCUCUUUUCCUUUCCCAUGUUGUCUGAGAACUUGUCUGAAGAUUUUCCUGAUGAGCUCCCCUUCAAUAAAACAUAAUAAUCCAGGGGUGCCUGGGUGGCUCAGUCGGUUAAGUGUUAGACUCUUGGUUUCCACUUAGGUCACGAUCUCGCAGGUCGUGGGAUUGAGCCCCAUGUGGCUCCAUGCUCACUGGAGGGUCUGCUUGAAAAUUCCCUCUCUGCCCCUCCUUCCACUCACUCUCAAAUCUUUUUAAAGAAAACUAUAUUAAUACAAAUCCCAGCCAAAGCUCUGUUUCUAGGAAAGUCAAUCUGAGAAUAUCUUUCAUCUAGUUUUAAUAACCAUAAGCCUUUUAUAUUCUAUAUCUAGCAUAUGGUAAAUUUCAGUUGUUUCUGUUGGUUUUCACAAAUAAUGCUUAUUUUCUUGUGUGUAUUCGACUUGUUAACUUUUCUUUUUUUUUUUUUUUUUUGGCUAACUUUAAACCACUCAUUUUAUUGACCCCCCCCCUUGGAAUUAUUUGAGAACUGGGUUAAAGUAUGUCUUUCUAAAGAUACUCAUUUUUGCUUCUGCCAGUUACUCAGGGUCAUUUCUAACACAAGAACACUUAAAAUUUUUUUAAGAUUAUUUAUUGGAGGGGGGAGGGGGAGAGUGAGGGAGGGAGAAACUUUAGCUGACUCCCUGCUGGGGCCAGAGCUGAUGUGGGGCUCCAUCUCAUGACCCUGAGAUCACAAUCUGAGCCAAAAACAAGAGUUGGAUGCUUAACUGUGUCACCCAGGCACCCCUAAAAUUUUUGUUUUCAGAUCACAUGGGUAGUAUGAGACUGGAUGUGUUAAUCCUUACAAGGGCCAAUUUAGAGUUGCAAAUUCUCUGAAGAUACUAAUUUUUCUUGCUGUUCUUUUACAUAUUCUUUGGUUGCCAACAUUAUGUAGGACUCUUGGAUCAGUUUACUUAGUUGGCUGGUCCUGAGCUUGUUCAAUGUCUCAUUUAGUUACCAGCACUGAAGCUCAAUGACUUCAGGAUAUGGCAGAAACUCUUAAGAUGAAAACCAUACUUUUACUUCCCAGGUUCUUGCUUUUAUUUUAUUUUGGGGUUCUUAGAAUUUCUUACUUUCAUGCCAUCUCAUUUUAAAAGGCUUUUUCUGGCCACUGAUUUUUACUUUUGUUUUCCAGUAUCUAACCCCCAACAAUAUGUUAAAUUGUCAUGUUUUAUGACUAGAAACAAAUAUUAAGCACUUCCUAUUUUCCCUGUAGAAAAUGAAUUGUGCCUUUUUAAUAGCUCAUGAACAUUUAUAUAAAUGCAGUUCUUUUAGAGUGAUACCCUUGGAAGCUAUGAUAAUACAUAGAGCUGUCUGUGUAACACUGAAGUAUACUUACCAUACAAAACUGACUGGGGGAAAGGCUGGGUGUGAGGGCAAUAACUAAAUUUCAAAUUAAAGAAACUUUUUCUACAGAUAUUUUCUGCUAGGUAACUUUCUUCUUGACGUCAAAACUGUGUGAGUUUACAUUCAAAUUGUGUUCUGCUUUUGUUCCAUAAACUGAAAUUGUUAGAGCAUUGAAUUUUAAGUAAAUGGGUUUUUGCAUCACCUUAAGAAAACUGUGAACACCCUGAAAGCAUCAUAUCGUAAAGCACAACAUUGAACAUCACUGAACUAAGGCAUCCUGUAACUGAGAUGAUGGGUUUGAUGCUUGUGUGGGUCAUUAGCAUCUAUAUUAUGUGUUUUUGAAAGAUAAAAUUCAUGUUCUGCCCUCUAGUGAUAGAUUUUAAUCUCAGCAAGACAUUUAUAAAGAGGAGUAUUAUGGACUAAUGCAUUUAAACAUUUAUGAUGUGUUUUAGUUUAUUCCAAUUAUUUUUAUCAAUGCUCCAGUUUUCUAAUUUCUGACUCUUCUAAUUUCAGCUCCUGAGUCCUUUUGAUAUUACCUUAACUUUUUUUUUUAAAUAUUUAUUGCUUUUGGUGUAAGAAAAUGCAUGCUCACCUUGUAUAUUUCUUAUCUCAAUCCUGACAUCACUUAUUUCUCUAAGAAUAUGUGUUGCUUUUGGAAGAAAAUGAUAUUUAGAAACCAUAAUCUAAACAGUAAGAGUGCUCAUUAUAAUCAAGUUAAUCAUAGUUUCCAGGAUUUUCAGUUGGCAGAGUUAGGAAAUAUAUAUUUUAAGAGAAAUUGUAUUUAAAAUUAGAUAGUAACUAUGUCCUUGAUGUGGCACAACAUGAAGGAGGCUGCAUCACUUGCACAGUAGUGUCGGGAAUUGAUGAACUUGAAUCCAGUCAAACUCUUAGGGCUGUUUUCCAGUGUAAAAAAAACUAUGGGGCAUAGAGAAGUUAAAUGGCCCCCCAAAGAAGCAAAGGUGGGGGAUGCUACAUGGCAGCUCACUGGGUUUCCUCAACAUGUCAAUGGCAUGAAUAUGGAAGAGGUGAGGGAGAAUAGACUGUUCUCGUGUAGUGAAACCAAAGAGACAUUAGUAAAUGCAAUUUGGGGAUUUUCUUUGGAUCUUGAUUCAAAGACCAUCUUACAAGGAGUAGUAAAUCCAAUUACUGUGUUUCAAAGGUAAUGUGAGGCCACCUGGGUGGCUCAGUAGGCUGAAAGUCUACCUUUGGCUUAGGUCAUGACCCUGGAGUCCCAGGAUCGAGUUCUGCAUUGGACUCCCUGCAAAUUUGCUGCUCCCUCUCACCCCCCUCCCUUCUCAUGCCCUCUCUCUUACUCCUUCUCAAAUAAAAUAAAAUAAAAUAAAAUAAAAUAAAAUAAAAACAUUUAAAGGCAGUGUAAUAACUCUUGUGUGUAUGGUGAUAGCACUAGUAUAGUACCAAUAAAAAUGCAUUGCUGAGAGAAUUGAGGACAUACUAACAGGGAAGAAUUUUAUUCAACUUGUUAGCUAUGACAGCUACUUAGGAUGUAACAAGAUAUGAAUAUUUUUAAAUAGAGACACCCAGCACAUGGGAAUGAAAAGAUACAAAGUCUGGAGUUGGCUUUGAAAUUCCUCUGCCUCCCCUCCCCCCAAUAAGAAUGCUAACAAAUAAAUUACCACACACUUAAUCCACCCACAUUAUCUUACAGUUCUGCAGGUUACAGUGUCAGCAAUGUCCCACUAGAUCAAACUCAAGGUUUUGGCAGGAUUCCUUUCUGGAGGUAGUAGGGGAAAUUCCCAUUUCCUUGCCUUUUUCAGCAUCUAGAAGUUGCCAAUAUUUCUUGGUUCUGAUCUCCAUCUUCAAAGCCAGCAAUGUUGUAUCUCUCUGACACUUCUUUUUUCAUAGUCUAAUAGCCUCCCUCUUCCACUUUCAAGAGCUUUUGUUAUUACAUUGGGCCCAACUGGAUAAUCCAGGUUUAUCUCUGUGAAAGCCAAUAGAUUCAUCUUAAUUUCACCAGCAGUCAUGAUUCUCCUCUGCUAUAUAAUGUAAAAUAUUCAUAUCUUCUGGUUAUUAAGACAUGGACCUCCUUGGGGGUCGUUACUCUUCAUACCGCAGGAAGAAACGAUGGAUGGGAAGGAAGGAAAGAGAAAAAUGUAUGACAAAAUCUUGAUAAUUCUGAAGAAUUUCAAGAUUCUCUCUACUUUUGUUAAUACUUGAAAAAUAAGCAAUAAGUGUGAUGGCUUAGGUAAAAAUCCUGGAUAACUUCCUCAAAAGUCAUGAUUUUAACAAAAUCAUGUAUAUAAUGCUUUCCACCCAUAUUCUAGGAUGGAAACAAUCCCUUCUGUCUCCACAUGUCAAAAAAAAUUAUCUGUAAUUUUCUUAUGAUGGAUUUUGAAAGGAACAUAUCUUACACUGUAUUUGUAUAUAUCUUUUCUCCCUAUCUUAA